AUGAGCCCCAGUGGCGCCAAUGUGGCGCCUGCACUGCUGGUGCGCCGGCUGAGCGCCCCCACUCUGCCCCGCUGUGUUGCAAAUGAAAUGCGCGAGGCAAGCAGACAUGGAGGGCGACGCCACCGCCACGCUGCUGCCUCGCGACUGCCCGCACAGUUCUUGUAG